AUGGAACGCAUGGCAGAUUGCAGUAAUCAGACAGCAGUGGCGUUCUCUCUCAAAGCCCGUAAGAAAAAUGUGUUCCUUUUCAAUCGGCUUUUUGGUCCAGAACUUAAGUUUGGGCCGCGUUCGACCAAGUUCGGCCAGAUGGGGUUCAUUGCCAACCAGGAAGGGGAACAAGCAGAAACCGUGACAACAAAAAACAACACCAACGGCAGUGCCACCAACAGCAAAACCUCCAGUGACAACACCACCGCCUCCACGCCCUCCACGCCCUCGGGUCCAGCAGAAGCAAAACGCGGAGUGAAACAACAACCACAAAAACAGCGACCGCCACGACGAACGCAGCACAUACGUCCGCAGCCUCCACCUCACGCAGCCUCCACGUCCCACGCAGCCCCCACGUCCUCCACGCCUCCACGUCCUCCACGUCCUCCUCUCCACGCAGCCCCCACGUCCUCCACGCAGCCUCCUCCACCACGCAGCACGUCCUCCACGCAGCCUCCACGUCCUCCACGUCCCUCCACGCCUCCACGUCCUCCACGCACGCCCUCCACGUCCUCCACGCAGCACUCCUCUCCUCCACGCAGCCUCUCCAUCCACACGUCCUCCACGCCCACGUCCUCCACGCUCCCCACGAGCACGUCACGCAGCCUCCAACUCCACGUCCUCCACGUCCUCCACGCAGCCUCCACGUCCUCCACGCAGCCUCCGCGGACCAGCAGAACCGCUUCCUCUCCCACAAUGCCUCGUGACAAGUGA